AUGGCACCCCGGCGUUUGGAGGGUGGGUUGGUGGUGUUGCUCCUGCUGCUGAGUACAACGGAAAUUUUGCAUGCAGCGAGGCACUAUGCGUCCGACCCAACCCAUGCGACGGCUAUCAUCAUCGGAGCGGGCAUGUCAGGCAUCAGUGCGGGGAAGCACUUACACGACAAAGGUGUGAAAGACAUCAUAAUACUGGAGGCGAGACAUGAGAUAGGCGGGAGGAUGAUGACACACACGUUUGGGGAUGUUGUCAUUGAGAAAGGCGCCAAUUGGAUCGAGGGCACUGAUGGUCCUCAGGUCAAUCCAAUCUUGCCCUUUGCCAGGGAGAUUGGGCUCAUUACUGAUUAUUCCCCCUUCGAAAACACUUCUCAAAACAUCUACGACGCCUCGUAA